AUGGCUGACAAAAAAAGGACAAGAAAUCCGAAUUUUUCUCUAAAAGAAAAGCGAACACUUUUAGAAAGUGCUUAUGAAGAAAAAGCAAUAAUUGAAAAUAAAAAAACAGAUGGAGUUACGUGGAAGGAAAAAGAAACAGCUUGGGAGAGAAUAGCAUCGAAUUUUAAUUCCCAUUCGGAUUCAGCAUGCUACAGGACCGUCGAAGCACUCAAAAAAUUUUACCAAGGCUAUAAAAAAGAAAUUAAGAAGGUGGCCGCAGACGAAAAAAUGUCCAGAAUUAAGACUGGAGGUGGCAAGGCCAUAAAUGUACGCGAUGAAAACUUUGAUCUUGCCAUAUCCAUUAUGAAUCCAAAAACAAUAACUGGAUAUGAAAACAUUUUUGAUGGUGAUGGUGCAGAUGAGUUGUUCGAAAAUGAACCCGGAACCAAAAAGCAGGAUGAUGAACCAAUUAAGGAUUGGGGAAAAUACAAACCUAGUCAAUUGAGAAACCCGAUACAUCCAAAAUUAAAGAGAAGUCAUGAGAAUAUAUCUGAUGAGCAGGAAGUUAUUUAUGAAAAUAUUGAUGACAAUAGCCCAAAAACUAGCAUUCUUAUGUCCAAAGGAUUUAAAAAGCAGUUUGACAAUUCAACCACAAAAACAGAGAAUAAAAGUAACUGGUGUGGAAGGCGCAGACCAGUUGCUUCAACAUUACCUAGCAGCAAAAUAACCGAGCAAUAUUCACAGCUAUCGGAAAUAAAAAUUGAGCUUCCUAAGCUUCAAUAUGAUACCCAAAAAGAGGAAGCGACUCAAAAAAAAUAUACAGCCUCUAUUGAACACGAGUUAAGAAAACGUUCUUUGGAAUUGGAUAUAGAAAUAAAGACAGAAUUUCUUAAAAAAAUCAAAAGGGAUUCGUUCAGAAUGUGUGAGACAUGUAGACUUGGGAAACCUUAA